GAAAGUGAAAAUAAAAUGGAAUGAAAUCGAAACUAGAAACCACACGACGAAAUAAAACAGCUGAAAAAAUCAACAGUUUCUGCGUUUCUCCAACAAACUGUUUCUACCUGACACUUGCUAUCCUUGUACACACACCAAUAUUUUAUUUAACUUGGUAUUCAUCACAUAAAAACACACACUUGUUAGAGCCUAUUUGUAUCCAGAGCAUUAUUCAAGGGAAGGAACUCUGUCGACCAGUCUGUCCAUAUGGACAGUUUAGCCUGUAUGGGAUGCACCAGUGUCAGCCUUGGCUUACGUGUGACGAUGUACAGAAGGUGGAGAAGAUGAACAGAAUCGGGAGAGGACUCGUCAAAGAGGUGUAUGUUGCCAGAUGGAAGGAUUAUGUCGUAGCCUAUAGUCAACUCACAACUCUUCAAUACCAUGAGGACUUUCAGCAAGGAAUUAGAGUUCUGAAACAUUUCCAUGGAAACCAGAGAAUUGUACAGCUGAUAGGUUUCUGUGAUAAUAUUAUGAUAACUGAAUUUCACUCCCUUGGUGAAGCUACCAAGUUUAACCUACAUCUAGAUACAUUUCCAGAAAUGAACAAUAUCUUCACAAGAUUCCAGUUAUGCAUUGACUACUUGGAAAUUCUCUCCAAGCUUCACUCCACUUCAGCUGACACCGCGUAUGUGAUGUGUGAUACCAACAGCUUAGACAAAGUAUUCACACAGUAUUUGCUGUCAGGAGAUAUGCGAUUGGUCCUGAAUGAUGUUGAUUCUGUUGCUUUGACAACCAAGGUCAAUGGGAAAUGGAGAGGUAUCAAAUGUGGAAAUCGUGAGCUAGAUGGAGAGUUUGUAGCUCCAGAACAGCGAUGGAGCAGGAAUACAGACUUCAAUGACAGGGAAAUGCAGACCUAUGAUGAAAAGACAGACAUCUGGAAAGUUCCAAGUGUGUGUAAUUAUUUCCUUGGAAAUAGUCUCCAAGCAACCAAUCUUCAGCUGAGGCUGUUGGACAUUCAUAUGGCAUGUAAACAUGUGGAUCCAAGCAACAGGCCGACCGCUCUUCAGGUCUUGUGGACCUACAGAAAUUUGUUAAUGCAAUUACAAGAUUAAAAUUUAUUUUUAAAAGAAGUUUAGUAUUUUUAGGUCACCUGAGUAAA